ACACUCUCAUACACUAUUUCUCAUGUCUGCUUACUACGCUGACUUGCACAAGAAGCAUCGCUUCUACCAUGGCCCCCUUGGUCGCAUCGAGGCAGAGCGCAAGCUGAAGAGCAUUGGCUUCUUCCUCAUCCGCGAUUCGUCGUCGGUUGCUGGAGACCUCGUCCUCUCGGUCCGCGAGCGCUCGGGCAUCCGUCACUUUAUGAUCAAGAAGCGCAACAACCGAUUCAAGAUUGGCGAGCAGGGCUACUCGUUUGAGUUUCCUCAGCUGAUCGACCUCGUCGACCACUUUAUGAACAAGCCGUUGAACGAGAACUGCCUCACCACCCCCGUCGAACGCGAAAACGACUCGCGCAACUUUGUCGGCGAAGCAACCGCCCUGUACAACUUUGAGGGUGGCGCAGCAGACGAAGUCCGAUUCUCGAUGGGCGAGAUUCUGCGCAUUAUCGAGUUCAGCACGUCGGAUUGGUGGCUCGCUCAGAGCCCCACUGGUCAGAUUGGUCUGAUCCCGGCCAACUUUGUCAAGCUGCAAGCCACGCCCCCUGCGCCCGCAGCUGGCAGCUCGAGCAACAGCGAUGCCUUCUCGGCCAUGCGUGCUCGCCAGGCUAAGGCGUCGUCCCCGCCCGCUGUCGGCCCUGCCGUCCUGCCCGGCAUUGCUCUUGCGAUGAAGGAGGCUCAGCAGCAACAAAACCACAACAGCACCUUCCGCAACCAGUCCAGCCCUGCUCCCGCCCCUGCCCAGUUUGGUCGCCAAGGCUCCAAUGUCAGCAUGAGCAGCCCGCAGCAGUCCUCUGCUGGACGCGCGCCUGCUCCCAUUCCCGGCGGCUCAAGCCGCCCGCCAGUCCCUCCGCCCGCCCAGAACAACAACAGCUCGCACGACUGGUACCAAAACCGCGACGCUGUCGCCAACGCCUUCGGCGGCUCUAUUCCGCAGCCACCACCGCCCGCCUUCACCCAGCACGAGCCGCCGUCGGACGACUUGUACCAAAACCAAUCGGCCGUGCUCAAGCACCUCAACUCGGAUGCCGAGCCCGAGGCGCCCGUCCCCGCUCCUGGCGGCGGUGCUCCCCGUCCUUCCACUGGCGCUGCCAAGCCAUCGCCUGGCGAGUACGUGUUUGUGUUUGACGAUGAUGAGCCAGCGCGCGCACCACCAGCAAAGACCGCCACACUCCCCAAGCCUGCCGCCCCUGCCAGCGCAGCCUCUGGCUCUGUGCUCAACCCGCAGCAGUUGGAUGACUUCCUUACCAACCAAUUUGCCGAUCUUCAAAGCGAGUUGGACAACGUCCUCAACGACUUUGGCGACUUGAACAUGUAAAGCAAAGAAACGACAAAAAAAGAGAGACAGUCAGCGUUUCUCCCCCCCCCCUUCGGUCCCCUUUUUACAGAUUGAUUCUGUCGCUGGCUGAUUCAUGCUUUCAAAACCAAGUGGUGACACUCUCCCUCGUUCCACUUUGGUUUAUGAUUUGAUUUCGAUUUUUUUAUCUUUUUUUUUUUUGCUUUUUUCCUUCUUUUCGCCCAACUUUCUUCUUAACAACGCUGACAGCUUUUAGUGAAGGUGCAGAUCACAGACCUUGGUCAACUCCAUUGUUCUGUGUCACCCUUCUCGAGUUGCUCCGCACAACACUACCACUUGUGAAAAAAUGUUUGCAAAAUGUGCGCUUGGCUCGUGUGUUUUUGCUCUCCUGGCUCUUUUCUUCUCUUUCUUCUUCUUCUUUGUUCGAGUUCCUCCUCUCCUUUUUCCCACUUUCUGGUUGUCCCCCAAUGCAUGGAUGAUGGCUUGACUGAGCUCGCCCCCUCUUUUUUGAUUUUGGUUGUUUUUAAAGUGUCUCUCUGUUCAAUACAAUUUUUUUUCUCGCUCAA